AAGGUUCUACUCAAUCUCUGUCUCACUCUGGGGAUUGUAUGGGAGGAGUUACAGAGUGACAAUGGCAGCGAGUUUGUGUCACAUGUUGUCAGAGAACUGAUGAAGGCCCUGGGGGUUGAGAUUGUCCUCGCCAACCCCAGAAGCCCCACAACAGGUGGCAGGUUUGAGAGGGGAAUCCAGACAAUAAAGUCUAAGGUUGCAGCCUUCCUGGCUCAGAGCAGGAUGGACAGCAGUGCAAACCUAACUCCCCAGGAGGUACUACAGAAGGCACUGUAUGACUACAACAACUCCUGUCAUCAAUCUCUACAUUUCCGGGGAAGGAAUCUAUGUCCCGUGGAUGUUUGGUAUCCGCUGUACAAAACCAGGAGACACCAAAUGGAGGCAGUCAACGUUGACAGUUCAGCUGACCUGCUAACGACAUACACAGACCCACCUAUCUUCAACAGUGAUGACAUGGAGGAGGCACUGGCUGAGGUUUCUUCCGUAACAGAAGCUCCAACCGUGGCAUCUCUGCUUGCAGAGGGGAGGAUAGCGACCAGGAAUGAGCAAGUGACUCAUUUUGUCAAGGCAGGUGAUGAUGGCUAUCUCAAGUUAGACAUCAAAGAACGUCGUGCAGCCCGUACUGACCGACGGCAGGUCGGGGUUCGAGUCCUAGAUGUGAAGCGCAACAUGUUAAGCUUGGAAGUCCUGGAUGAUACAGGGAAAACAACUGGCAUGGUACUACAGAGAAAGUACCAUGUGUCCCAGCUGAUCGUCAAAAGGCCAAGUCCGGAGCCCCAGGCUGCCUCAGAGUCUGGGAUGGCUGCCUGGAGAAAGCUGUAUGGAGCACAAAGGGAAAUGACAGGACGGGUUCUGUCUGCCUGCCUGAACAACAAGGAGUUGUUGUUCUAUGCGACCGAACUAGAUGGAGGUGCUCCAACUACCUUUUCAAAGAAAGGUGAUACCUUGCUCAUUCAGUGGUAUCAGGCCUUUCAAAGCUAUAUGUGGAUGGAUGUCCCACAUCAUCUGCAGACUGCCUUCGAGCUUGGCGUGGUUCUCAUGCUUGUCAACGCACUACAAAGGGAGACGUUGACCCUUCAAGUUCCAGCAGACUGUCCAGAGGACAUCCAGACGUAUUUAAAGGAAAUCACAAAGUUUGACCUUCCCUGCCUGUCAUCAGAUGCAAGUGGCAAGCUGUCGGCUCGGAUAGUGCCAGUUGCAUUGACAGGUUUUAUCUGGCCCCAGAUCAAGGACAGCAGACUAAAAGAGUUGUCAGUCUACCUCCAUGUGCCAGCCAGCCACAAGUGUAGCACCUGCGGACUUCAAAGGCCUAUGUGGAAAUACUGGAGAUGCACAGUGUGCAAUGCCUCAUGUUGCAUGGAGUGUGCACAGAAACUCCAGACAGGACACCUACAACAUGACCACCCUCCAAACUUACUCGAAGAUAUUGCUGACACAAGAGGGCCCAACGUCCAGCUACAGACAGGGCCAUUAGAAAGCACUCAGGAGCCAAGGACAGGUGCCACUGAUGUACAAGAAGUGACCCUGGUUGCAGCAGUUUCAACCUUAGACGGGAAAGUUUCUGCAAAGACAGUGCCAGGGCAGAAGUGCUGUGGUUGCAGCAAAGAGCCAGUUUGCUCCAGCAGUAAUUGCAACUGCAGGAAGGCAGGGAAACUGUGUGGGACGAAAUGCAAAUGCGCCAAGAAACACCUGGACUGCAAAAACAAGAAUGGUGUAGAGGCCACAAGCAGGAGUGAUGCAGCAGUUUCCAGUGCCUUGACAGAAUGUUCAUGGAGGAAGGUGGGUCUGCGUGAGCUGUCCCAGUCCAUACAGCAGACAGGGAGCAGACCAGAUGUUCUAGAGCAGAGAGCCCAAACUGCUGGAAUGAAGCUUCGACCACCAACACCCAAGGAUGGAAACUGUUUCUUUUGGGCUAUUAGUGACCAGCUGAAGCGGGAGGCACUGAGACAGGAAGGUGCAGAAGAGAUGGCCCAAGAAGACAUCAGGGAGUUAGUGACUUCAUAUAUCAGAGACAAUCCCAACACGGCUGAUGGCGAGCCCAUAGCAUCCUUCAUCGACACACCAGGAGUCAGCCUAGAGGAGUACCUGAUCAAGAUGGCAGAGAAUGGUGUUUGGGCAGACCAUAUCGUUGUGCAGGCCACAGCCGACUUGUUGCGACGCACAAUCAACAUUGUUUCCACGGCCGGAGAUGAGGACACCUGCUUUAUCAUCGUUGAACCAUUUGAUGGAAACAGUAAUGGCGCCCCAUUGUUGUUGGGACAUUACUGUGAAAAUCACUAUCAAAGCCUUGAUGCUACAGCUGGGUGGUUGUCACGUGACUCCAGCUCGAGUGCAGCACCACCCCGUGACUCCAGCUUGAGUGCAACACCACCCCGUGACUCCAGCUCGAGUGCAGCACCACCCCGUGACUCCAGCUCGAGUGCAGCACCACCCCGUGACUCCAGCUCGAGUGAUGAUGAUGAUGAGGUUUCUAUUCGUAUGAGCCUGCACAGAUUGUUGGGACCUGAGUAUGUAGGGGAUACACCACCUGUGCUGCGCAGACAAUCAGAGAAUGGUGCUAUGGAGGUUUGGGUCUUGUGAAGAGCGAGAGCUGAAGGCUUACUUUGACGAAGUCAAGCCAUACCUGCAGAAACUCGCAAGAGGAGAGGUUCCUGACAAUGAAAGACAUUCCAUGUUCUUUGGGCAUAACGAGAAAGGCAAAUCCACCAGAAGGGACCUGUACAGGAAGCAUUCAUCCGGAGCGUUUACAGAGGACCAGGCAAACUUCAUUGCCAAUUGCAUAAUGAAAGAGGUGAAGAUUCCUCUUGAGCUGCCAAUGCGGAUAGAGUAUCAAGUUAUGGUCCUACUUCCAGAAGCACUUGCAGCUAUCUACCAGAAGAAGAAAGGCAUCGACACACUGGAGGAGGCCAGGGACUAUGUGUGGAGAGCUGGUUUUAGGGAAGACCUUUAAUGUGUUUACACUGUUUACACUGGGCAGUUGCUUGUCCCUGGCUUUUAUUUCUUUACGAAAAGAUAUACAUGUACUAACUACUAAUAACAAGCAACAAUGUGGAAUACAGUGCUGAUGCUCAACCUGGUACUCACGGUGUUCGGUGUUAAAGAAGUCUACAACAGUAAUGAAGGGUGUAAUGCUACCCCACCCGCUUUUACACCCAGACAUGUGACUGUCCAGUCUGCCUAAGUCAUUAUAGAACACAUCAAUUUUACAUGGUUGCAUUCAGGGCUUUUUUUGACAUUUGUUUCUUAGAACUUCCUUGUCAGUUAUCCAGAGUAUAUUUUGGCAGGUUCACACCGCGCCUUGAAUAUUGGAUAUUUUCUUCAAUGUCAUUCUCUAAACUGUCCUGUUAAAACAUACAUGUUCUGAGUAUUACCACUACAUGUCUUGUAAAACAUGUAAUGCUUUUGUUUCUGUAUAUCUAACAGAUGUUUGACUUCAAGGGUCACAUAAAAGUUUGUAUAAGAGCUAGAGGGUGGAGUGUCUUUUUUUUUAAAUAAGAAGCCUUGCUGCAUUUAGUUUGCAGGAUAUAUAGAUAUCUGCCAUGUUGCAUUUGAGUACAACAUGUUCAUGAUGCAGUAAUGAAAAGAAUUUAGGGCACAUCCUGGAUAUGCAGUCACUCUAUCCAAAACAUGGCGCCGACAAAUUUAUCCCCGUUCUUGGAUAUGUGCGUAGUUUUACUAAACAGAUUUUAUGAAAGAUAUAAGAUCAAUUAGCACCUCCCUUCUUUAGUCACAAACAAAAUAACACGAUAGUGACAGAUGCGUGUCCCCCAUUCUCUGAUGGAAACGCAAUUCAGACAUAAAACAGUUGCACGAAGCUGUUGUCUCGUCUCGUUCACCAAAAGAAUGGUUUUACCAAGGAGGUUAAAAAUCAGAAAUAUUUAAAAUAUCCUCCUUAAUUUUAUACAAUUGCCUAGCAAGUACAGGUGAGAAAUACUUCCUUCAGUGCGAAUGUUUCGCUCUGCAUAUAGCUUCAAGCAAAGAGGUUUUUUUAAACAAAUUUGCUUCAAGGUAUUAAAAACAAACAAAAUACUGUUAACGAAAUACAACGACAAAAUGUGCUUACAAUGACAGAUGUUGUCUUUACUAACAUUAAGUGUUCACACGUCACAUCCGUGAUGGAAUUGAGAUUAGUGAAUCGGACGAAGGGCAAAUAGUGCAAAAAGAUGUACGUUAUCCAGAAUGUGCUCUUUCUUUGUGUGACGACUUCUGGAUAGAGCAGUCACGUAUCCAGGAUGCGCUCUUUUGGCCUGUGACGACUUCUGAAUAGAGCAAGUACGUAUCCAGAAUGUGCUCUUUCUUUGUGUGACGAGUUCUGAAUAGAGCAAGUACGUAUCCAGGAUGCGCUCUUUUGGCCUGUGACGAGUUCUGGAUAGAGCAGUCACGUAUCCAGAAUGUGCUCUUAUUGUGACGACUUCUGGAUAGAGCAGUCACGUAUCCAGGAUGCGCUCUUUCUUUGUGUGACGACUUCUGGAUAGAGCAAGUACGUAUCCAGAAUGUGCUCUUUCUUUGUGUGACGACUUCUGGACCCAUUGUGCCUUACAUUUGUUGAAUCAUUACCCAAUAAACAUUCUAGGACAGUUACAUAUGUUAGCUGUGCACACACAAGUGUCUUUUUCUUUGGUUAGAUUUGUAAGAAAGAAUCAGCAGCUGAAUUGUUUCUACACGAACCUCGCGCUGGAGAACAAAAUGGCG